GAGAGAGCGGGCGAAUGAAAAGAAGCCAGCUGUUACGGUUCAUUUUCAUUUCUCUGUUUGUUUCGGUGUAAUUACAACAGUAACGUGUUGUUUCAACCAGUGCGAAAUAAACACUUGUCUAACUUUCCGACAUCCUGUGACUCACCACAUCACUAGUUUUUGGCCUGCUGAUGUGGACAGAUAAGACUCAGUGACUGCCUUCCAUCCUCAUUCACGUUAAUCCUUCGUCUGCCCUUCGGUGAGACACCACGUACAUAUAGUGUAACCAGCCUUCAGAUGGAAACCUCUAAAACAGUGAUGGAACCAAAGACAGAAGAACCAAAGGCGGAAACCUCUAAAACAGUGAUGAAACCAAAGGCAGAUGAACCAAAGGUGGAAACCUCUAAAACAGUGAUGGAACCAAAGGCAGAAGAACCAAAGGUGGAAACCUCUAAAACACUGAUGGAACCAAAGACAGAAGAACCAAAGGUGGAAACCUCUAAAACACUGAUGGAACCAAAGACAGAAGAACCAAAGGUGGAAACCUCUAAAACACUGAUGGAACCAAAGGCGGAAGUUAAGAAAUCCCAUGCACCCCAUUCCUUUAAAUGGACCGACAGUGACAAGAGAACCACCAACAUCACCUGCAAUGAAGCUGGAACUGUUGAAAACUCUUUGAGGAAGAGCUCUCAAUUUAGACAACUUGAGGGAAAGAAACAAGCGAAUAAAGAACUUGUUGUUUCGCGAAGUGGGAAAGCAAUUAGUUCACAUUUUCCAUGUAGCUUAAUUAAACCAGGAGAACGCCUGACUGUACAGCAUGUGAAAGCUUCAGAAAAGCUAAAUCAGUCAUCUGGUCAGUCAGGAGAUGACCAGAGAGAGUUAUCUGACCAAUAUGUGGAGUUUAAUGUGAAGAAUAAGGGUAAAAAUCUAAGGAAAAUCCUAAAGAACCCAGCAAUAGAAGCACUUGAUCAGGAAUUAACAGUUUAUGCACACAAAGGAGAAGAAGUGAGGCAUGCUUUGGAAAGAGACGGUCGCUUUCAAGAGACCAUAUUUCAAAAAAACUGUGCACUUGUUGACACCAACGGAGAAUUUACAGAAAUGUCAAAUCUUGUUGAUGAUCUUGAUGGUAAAACUUUCCAGAUCAUACUGCUUAAUAAAUCAUGCCCACCAGACAGUCAGCCAGGCAGUCUUGAUGACACUUGCGCAGUUCAAAGUGAAUCACCACCAUCUGAUUUGAAUGAAAACUGUGAUCCUUCUCCAUCUUCUACUCCAGCUAAAACAGAAGAGAAACCAAAACUGAAUGACUUUAUGGUUUGUGUAAUCCCUGGGUCCGAGAAAAUAUGUGAACUCUUACGUUCACAAUUACAAAACUGGGUGAGAACAGAGCUGGAGGGAAAACCAAAACAAAGUGUGCCUGGGUUUCUUAGAGCAGAGUUUGGAAAACGUUGUGAGACUUCUUUUGAGGUAAAAACAGGAAAAACACUGAUGCGUCUGAGUGACUCUGUGUGUCAGGUCAGAAUAGAUGGAAGUCCUGCAGGAAGUGGUUUUCUCCUGUUUGACACUUUUGUCCUCACAAAUGGCCAUGUACUAAAAACCAUUUUUGAUUGGACCACAUGGCGACUUCACGGGAAAGUAACUGUCCAUUUCUCUCAUGAAAAUCAGGGUCAGCCUGGGGUAGGACACAAAGUGCAAGAGGUUGUUGCCUCUGAAUAUAGAACUGAUGAGUCAGGGUACAAGCGUGACUGGGCUCUGUUGAGUCUCUGUCCAGAUCAGACGUUACCUGAUGAACUGUUGAGCCGCUUUACGUUUUGUCCUCCAGGUGGUAGUAUUUAUAUCAUAGGACAUCCAGAUGGUGGUGUGAAAAAGAUUGAUCCCUGCUGGAUCAUUCCAAUUGUCAAUCGCACAGACGCCGUAUACCAGCAUGGACAUUACAGUGCAUUUCAGUUCCUUACACAUGCUUCCCUUGAAAAUAUAGGAAAACAGAUUAAAUUCAACAGGCAAAUUUUAACUUAUAACACCUGUUUCUAUUUUUUGUCAUCUGGCUCUCCUGUCUUUGAUAAACAAUGCAAUGUUGUUGCAGUGCAUUCUGGUGGAUACAACUACAAAACCCCAAACAGCAGAGACAGUGUCAUUGACUUUGGAUAUCCUUUGUCAGACAUCAUCGAACAAAUGGUCAUCCAGUUAGUACAAAGAGAAAAACUGGAUGUGCUGACGAAAUAUUUUACUAGCAAAUCCUCAAAACACGAAGAUGUGUUGAAUAAUGUGAAGAAAGUGGUUGACAUCAGAAAAUACCCAGAGUUUAAAACUGCAAUAAAUAAUCCAGAGAUCAGAAAUAAUGAGAAUUUGAAGAAGUUCUUUGAAUCCUUCACUCAGACACAGGAACCAUAGCCAAUGGAUUAGAAUUAAAUGUCCAAAGAUAAGAUGCAGUAUAACUGGAAAGUUCACAUUUACUGUCAAAAUCACCACGUUUUCUGUGGCGAAAAAUAUGUAAAAUUGCAAUUGUCUUAAGUACUUCCAGUUUUGUAUUUGGAAUUGUUGAGAUUAUUCAAUGUAAAAAGCCCAAUUUGUUUUGGAUACCUGAUGGGGAUAUAUUGAGUUGGGUAUUUGAAAAUGAAAUAUAUACUGUAGUUUGGCAAAAUUUUUGGGGAGGGCAUGGAAAUGUAGACAAAGAACUCUGUAUUUCUUAACUAAAAGGACCUUGCUUUAUGUAAUUAUUUUUGGGAUGAAGACAUGCUUCAUCUGUUGUUCAUCUUCCUGUUUUGAAUGUCAGUAGUGUCUUAUAAGCCUAUACUGGCAGGGCACAUAAGUAUUUGACACUUAAAUAAAAUAUUCAUUCAUUGUACUUUUUUUCCAUUAUAAUUUUGUUGCAUUUUUAAAUGUAUACUUUUGCAAGAACUUUGUUUUUAAUGCGUAAAUAAAUUACUACAAUGCUUA